AUAGUGCGCAUGCUCACUCACAGAAAUCUGCCCAGGAUUUCGUGAUAUUCUUGUGCAGUGUUGGAUAGCAGUAGUUUCACCGUUUUUCGAUUGACUAUUCACUUAUUGUUUAUUUUGAGAAUAUCAGUUAACAUGGCAGAUCCAAGAAUACGACAGAUCAAAAUCAAGACUGGCGUAGUAAAGCGGCUGGUGAAGGAGAAGGUCAUGUAUGUCAAGGAGACCAGGCAGCAGGAGGAGAAGAUUGAACGACUGAAAGCAGAGGCCUGCGACGAAGAGGCCGACUCCGAGGCCAGGUAUGUCAUCAAGAAACAGUUGGAGGUGCUACAGGAGUCCAAGAUGAUGGUUCCAGACUGUCACAGGCGUUUGACCAUAGCACACGCAGACCUGUCCCAGAUACUAGAAACAGAAGAGGACUUGGCUGAAGCAGAGGAGUACAAAGAGGCCAGGACCGUAUUGGAUUCAGUGAAGCUUGAAGGAUGAUGUUCUCACUCUGUAAUGCACUACUUAAAUGUCUAUUUCAUUCAUCUGGGCUUGUUUGGAAACACAGACAAACAAAAUCGUUCAGCAUCUUUUUCUCUUUCUCUCGCUCUUUUUUUUUCAUUUUUUAUUUCUACAUUUGAAAACAACGUGCAGUCUGAUGCCGACAUCCUUCUCCUGAGUGUACAAUCUCACACAAGCAGCAAAUAAAAACCUAUUUCUUUUCUUAA